GUGUUACUCUGCUGUCAACCACCGGACUCCAUUCCAUUUCAACUUUCUGAUGCAUUUCAAAUCCGUCGCCCUUCACUGGUUCUAACAUUACGAUUCUACUUUCCUUUCUCUACCAUUCUCUCUCUGUUCCAAAAAUAAGCUUUUGGGUCCUUGUGAGCCUUUAUAUGAGGUUGAGCUUCUUGAUAGAAUGUUCCAAGGAACGGACAAUGCAGUCUGCCAUGGAAGGAUUAGUCUCCCAACUUGUCAAGAAUAUCUCUGGGAAGCCAAACAUUCUGAUAAAGUCUUCAAAUCGGAAGGUGGUCCAGACUCUUGUCUGCAAAAUGCUGGUUUAGAAAGCCACUCCCCAGGUGUCUAUGAAGAAUACUGUGGUGCUGAGAUGUCAGAUUUGUCUUGUGAGAGCACUCCAAGGCUUGGAUACAAGGAUAACUGCAGUUCUCUUUUGCUUGAUCAUAUGUCAGUACAAGAACGACAAUUGGACUUUAGGAACAUGUUCAGAUAUGAAACACCAGUAAUAGACAAGCAGUGGCCGAAGCACAGUAUUUCACCUGGUUUGCAGAAUUUUUUUGAGUUAGAAAGUGGUUCAAACCUCGCAGAAUGUGGUCUAAUGACCAAAAAAAAUGAAGGAAAAACUGUUCUCUCGUCUAGCAUUGAGUUCUUUGGAAAGGAUACUGGCACUAUCAAAGGAUCACUAAGUGAUGAAGGUAUGUCCGGAGAUCUGCAGGUAAAAUGGAAGAAGCUUGCUGACCUUGAAUCUUUGAAGACCUCAAAUUCUAGGGUUUGUGAAAUUGAACUGUGCUCGUCGGAUGAAAGGGAUAAAGCAGGAGCAUUUGCCAUGCAAAAGAGAUCACGAAGGCCUCCCAGGAGAUACAUUGAAGAAUUAGCAGAGUCUAAAUCAAAGUUUUAUAUUAGAAAAUGUGGAGUGGCUUGUAAGAGGUCCAAGAACAGCUUUCUGCAUGUUAGAUCUGACAAAAAUAAUAGGCAGAAGGAGACUCAGGAAGAAACAUUGCUUUGUCAAGAUAAAUCUUAUGAAGUAGGUUGUAUUCAAGUUCCAUUUGGCCUUCCAAUGGAAGCGGGCCAGUUAGAGGAACAUAACUCAUCUCUGAACUCUGAGGAUUGCAAGGACCACAGACUCCUAAGAUCCAGUGAGAAACUUGAGAUUGAGUAUUCUCCAGCAAAAUCGCGAGAGGAGAUUUCUGAUGAUGAGUGUGUCUUGAGGAGAAGUACUCAAAAAGGUAGCAAACAGAUAAAGCAUUAUACAUCUUGGACUUCUUCUGAAGUGAUGAAGUUAAUUGAAGGUGUUUCUCAGUGUGGAGUUGGAAGAUGGAGUGCAAUGAAGAGAUUACUGUUUUCUUCAUGUUCACAUCGCACAGCUGUUGAUAUUAAGGACAAAUGGCGUAAUUUGUUAAAAGCUAGCUGCACUCAGUUGCAGAAAGAGAGAAAGAUUAAGAGAGAUAUAAGCAAGCAAGCAUCCGAUCAUGUCCCGGAAUCUGUUUUGCAGCGCGUUAGGGAGUUGGCCGUCAUUUAUCCGUAUCCAAGGCGAAAAAGGAUAUUUUCAAAGAUACCGCGAUACCGGGAUAGAGCUGGCCAACUACAAUGCUUGGAGUCAACUUUUAGCAUCCAAGGAAUUUGCUGCAAUAAUAUUAAGAGAGAGAUAAGCAAGCGAGCAUCCGAUCACGUUCCAGAAUCUGUUUCUCAGCGCGUUAGGGAGUUGGCCGUCAUCUAUCCAUAUCCAAGGCGACAAAAGGUCCGCUCCUUACUCAUGCAAUGUCUUCGUUUUCAACCACCAAGAGUAAUGCACGGCCCCAUUCUCAACUGCUGUUGAAAGGGUCAGAGCAAAUAGAUUUGCUAGAAACCUCAGUGAACUUCACACUGCAUGUGAGAUCUUUUUGUAUUUGAAGACUGAAAAGAAAGAAAUGAAAGAGUUUAGCCCUUUGGCAUAUUUCACCAU